GUUCGUCCCACACACAACACCUCACAAAUAUUUUGCAACAUGUAUUCCAAGAUCAUUGUUGUUCUGGCCCUUGUCGCCGCCGUCAGUGCUCAAAGCCACUACGGACAUCAACAACACUACCAGCCCCAGCCCUACCAUCACGAAGAGGAACAUUACGGACCAGUGCACUACGAGUAUCACUACGAUGUGCAUGAUGACCAUACCGGUGAUGUUCACGGCCAGAAGGAGGCUCGUAAGGACGACUCUACACAGGGCGAGUACUACCUGAUCGAUGCCGACGGCCACAAGCGUACCGUUACGUACCACGUUGAGGGUAAGAGCGGAUUCAUCGCGGAGGUGCACCGUGAGCCGAUCAAGGGAUACCAGGCACCGCAGCCACAGUACCACCAAUAUCAGCCCCAUCAGGCUCCGUCUCACUACAACUAUCAACACUAAAUUAUAGUAUAGUCAAACAAAUUUAUCGAAUAAUGUUAAUAAACUAACGAUAAAACUUAUCUACAUGUGAACUUGAAUAUAUUU